GGUCGCGCACCGCUACUUCUCUUACUACUACGACCCAGCCAAGCUACGGUCACGUUUCUACUACACCUCUAUCUCCUUCCUUCUCUCUAUCGAGCGCGACGUCUGAGCUCUGCUGCCCCGUUCCACUGUUCAUUUGGUUCCCGUGUAACAGACAGACAUGUUGGUGAUUUUAACCUUCAUCCUCCUCUUCCACGUCAUCUCAGUCAUCCUCCUCUUCAUCAGCACCAUCAACAAUGCGUGGUGGGUGGCGUCUGCUCCAGGAGGCGCCGUGAUUUACACUGACCUGUGGUUCUCCUGUAACGUGACAUGUCUCCCUGUCAAGAACAGCGCUUCCACUGACGCAGUCUACCUGCAGGCUGUCCAGGCCACUAUGAUCCUGUCCACAAUUCUCUGCUGCGUGGGUUUCUUUGUGUUCGUCCUUCAGCUCUUCAGACUGAAACAAGGAGAGAGAUUUGUCUUUACAGCCAUCAUCCAGCUACUGGCUAGCCUGUGUGUGAUGAUCGGCGCGUCCAUCUACACGGCGGAGAGGGAGGGUUUUACGGAGGAGUCUCUAAGGGAGGGAGGAUAUGGUUCAUCCUUCGUCCUGGCCUGGAUCAGUUUCCCCAUGACUUUCAUCAGUGGACUCAUGUAUCUGGUGUUGAGGAAACGCAAAUAAAACACUCUACAAGGACACACAAACACGUUGUAAUUGAACAGAGGAAGUGUGUACACUGACAGUCUAUUAGCUAACAAGGUAACUCUAAACAUGUUGUUGUUAAGAGUGGCUGUUUUAAAAGACGUUUUCUCCACA